AUGAGGUACAAUUUGGCUGCAGACUUGAGGGCUAUUCUAGAAGAUGAAAAUGAGGCUUGGAAAAUAAAUAAGGUCCCAGUCACAAAGAUUCCUUGGUUAGAUUUCAGGUUGUGGGGGAGCACUGCAGUAAAGGGUAGCAGGUUUCUGCAAAACUUGGAUCACUGGACAAUGUGCAGUCAACGCCCAGGUGAGCUGGUUCUAGGCAGGUGCUUCCGGGUGUCAGUCUACACCUGUCACCUAGGAACCUCCUUUACUGCCUUGAACCUCCUAACUGGGCCCUCUGCCUUCAAACUUUGCAAACCACUCUCCAUUCUUUUGCCAGAACCAUCUUCCUAA